AUGAGUCUUGAGUCAGUAUUAAUCACGGGGGCCAACCGGGGCAUCGGGUUAGAGCUGGUGCGACAACUAUUGGACGCACCGGUGCCACCUCGAUGUGUGAUCGCCACCACCCGACAGAUCAACAACAACGACCUGGAAGUGCUACGUCUAAAACAUCCUAAUAAAUUACACUUGCUACAAUUAGAAGUUACCAACUAUGACAGUUACGCCACUUUUGCCGACCGAGUUAAACGCAUUGUAGGCGUAAAAGGAUUGGACACAUUGAUUAAUAAUGCCGGAGCUAGACUAGCAAAAAAUCUCGAUGAUGUUAACCCUGCUGAUAUGGUUGAUAAUUUUAAGCUUAACUCGUUGACUGGCCUAAUGUUGACUAAAGCUCUGCUACCCGUGCUUAAGGUAGCGGCACUUCAACGCAAAACACUGGUGGUAAACAUGACGUCCCGAUUGGGCUCUAUUACGAUGACAGGACAGGGAGGAGCGGGCAUUAUAUACCCCACCCGUACGAGUAGGGCUGCCCUAAACAUGAUCACAAAGUGCCUGUCCAUAGACCUCAAACCGUACAGUAUUUACGUGAUUGGCUGUAAUCCGGGUCACGUGAGAACCGCUGGCGGCGGACCCACAGCCCCGCUGGACGUGGAGACUAGUGUGGCCGGUAUUAUCAAGGUGAUUCAGUCGGUCAAUGGCCAGGUGCUAGGUCAAACAAUUAGUUACGACGGUACCGUUGUGCCAAAUUAA